GAUGCGAUCUCGCGUAUGCAGGAGAACUACGCCACGGCCAAGGUAUGCCAGUAUCGGAACGAAACGAACUGCAACUUCAGCCUUGAGCCGGAGCUUACAGAAACGCUGGCGAAAAGCCGUGACCCGGAGGAGCUCAAGCAUUAUUGGGUGCAGUGGCACGAUGCCGCCGGUAAACCGGUGCGAAAGGAUUUCGAUGAGUACGUCACCUUGAACCGAGAGGCGGCGAAGUUGAACAAUUUCACCUCGGGGGCUGAAUAUUGGCUCGAUGCCUACGAGGACGAUUCGUUCGAGGCCCAGGUUGAUGCUGCGAUCGAACAAAUCAGACCUCUGUACGAACAGAUCCACGCAUACGUUCGGUACAAGCUGCGCAAGCAUUACGGCAGUGAGAUUGUGUCGGAAAAGGGAUCCAUUCCUAUCCAUCUGCUCGGAAACAUGUGGGGACAGACGUGGGACAACAUUGCCGACAUUACCACGCCGUUCCCCAACAAGGUGCUGCUCGAUGUGACGGACGAGAUGGUUCGCCAGGGCUAUACGGCGGUGAAAAUGUUUGAGAUGGGUGACGAGUUUUUCCAGUCGAUGAACAUGACCAAACUUCCUCCAACCUUCUGGGAGAAGAGUGUCCUCGAGAAGCCGAACGAUGGCCGUGAGCUAGUCUGUCAUGCCAGUGCGUGGGAUUUCUACAAGAAGGAUGACGUUCGCAUCAAACAAUGUACUCGCAUCAACAUGGAGGACUUUUUCACCGUUCAUCACGAGCUGGGACACAUUCAGUACUACUUGCAGUACCAGCAUCAGCCGAGUGUUUACCGCGAAGGAGCCAACCCUGGAUUCCAUGAGGCCGUCGGUGAUGUGCUUUCUUUGUCCGUAUCCACGCCGAAGCACUUGGAAAAGAUUGGUCUGCUGAAGGACUUCGUGUUGGACGAAGAGUCCAAACUGAAUCAGUUCUAUCAAGCUGGACUUUCGAAGUUGGUGUUCCUACCGUUUGCCUACACGCUGGAUAAGUACCGCUGGGAGAUAUUCCGGGGCGAUGUGAAGCCGGAAAACUAUAACUGCAAGUUCUGGGAGAUGCGAUCGAAGUACUCCGGCGUUGAACCACCGGUAGUCCGAAGUGAAAGUGAUUUCGAUGCCGCUGCGAAGUACCACGUGUCGGCCGAUGUGGAAUACCUCCGAUACUUUGUGUCGUACAUCGUGCAGUUCCAGUUCCAUCGGGCUGCCUGCGAGAAGGCGGGCGAGUACGUGAAGGGAGAUCCGGAGAAGACGCUGAAUAACUGUGACAUCUACCAGAGCACCGCGGCGGGUAACGCCUUGAAAGCUAUGCUUGCCAUGGGCUCCUCUAAACCGUGGCCAGAUGCGAUGGAGGUUCUGACCGGGCAGCGAAAGAUGAGUGCCGAUGCGCUGAUCGAGUACUUCAAACCGCUCUACGAUUGGUUGGUGAAAGAGAACAAAGCCCUCGGCGCGUACAUUGGAUGGGAGGAAAAUCUUAAAUGUAAAUAAUCAAGUGCGGCAACGAAAUACUAAUGCAAAUCGCACAGCACAAAAUGAUCUCCAGAAGCAGUAUCGUCGAGUCCAAUGGAAAAGAUACUGAACAAAUUAUCAUUGGUACUGUUUUGCUGGAGCUGCCUAGCGGGCGUAAAGUUAUCAAUAAACUAAG